UGUCUUAAUGACAUUAUCAAUUUUUGGAGUGCAUAGUUACAAGAAAAAUAUUAUGGCCAACGAAAAUAUAAUCAUCGCCUUUCAGUGCAUUGCUCCAUUUGCUUGGACCGUAGGAUUAGCUUGGUUGACAGUGGCUUGUGUCACAGGUCACGGAGGAACCGUCAAUCGUUUGUUAUCUCUUCGUAUUUUUGUGGUGUUAAACAGUCUGUAUGUUUGGAUAUAUCUACUUCACGGUCUAAUUAUCUAUUACGUUGUUUGCAGUAUGAGACAGGCUACAGGUGUUUUACAGUUUAAUAUGUGGAUGGUAUAUUCGUUUGUUAUGUUCUUGUCACUGAUCGCUGCUCUGUUCUUCUUUGUGUUUUUCGAAUCCCCAUUGAGCAGUCUUCUGUCCAACGUGCUAAGAAAUAGAACAUCGCAAGAAACAGUAACUUCAAAUCAAAGCAUUACGGAAAUGAAGAUAGGCAACAAUUCAAAAAUUUUUGUUGUGUGAUAAACAUUGCAAAUUUUAUUAACAUUACAUAUGUUGAUAAUAUAAGACUCUGUUAAUUAGAAAACUUUAAGUAUAUUUAGUAUGAUUUAUUAUGAUAAUGUCAUAUGUCUCGCAAGUGGCAUAAAGUUCAUCUUCACCUUUAUUGCUGUAUUUGUAUACUUAUAUGAUUUCUUCUUGUAAAUUUGCUUCAUACUACUUACAUAUGUAGUAAUCUUUUUAUAAUUUUUCUGCCACAACGAAGGAAAAUCUUGUAAACGCGGGCAUCACAAGUGUGAACUAAGUGCCGUUCAGUGAUAUGCCAAAAAUGUUUACCGUAGAAAUUUUUAACUGUAAACAUAUGUAAUUUUUAAGCAAAAUACAUAUUAUUUAGAACCUCCUAACAAGAUAUAUCAGAA